AUAAUCAAAAUGAAGAUUGAACUUUGUUCGUUCAGCGGGUAUAAAAUUUACCCUGGCCAUGGCAAACGCAUGGUUAAAAUUGAUGGAAAAGUAUUCCAGUUUAUGAAUUCCAAAUGUGAAUCAUCUCAUUUGAUGCGAAGAAAUCCACGUAAAACAACAUGGACUAUUCUUUAUCGUCGUAAACACAAGAAAGGUUCGGAAGUUGAAUUGGCCAAGAAACGUCGACGUAAGACAACUAAAUAUCAACGAGCCAUUGUUGGUGCAUCAUUGAAUGAUAUUCUGGCCAAACGUAAUAUGAAACCUGAAGUUCGAAAAGCUCAACGUGAACAGGCUGUACGUGCUGCAAAGGAAAAACAACGAUCAACCAAAGGACAGAAAAAAGCAAGUCAACCUGGUCAGAAAGCUGGUCAAAAAACAAAACAAGCGCAAAAAGCAGCAAAACCCGUCAUGACCAAGGCUCCACGUGUUGGUGGAAAACGAUGAUAAUUGUCUUUUGAAAUUUUUGUAUUUUGUCAAUUAAUAAAAUGAUAAAUAAUGAUA